GUGUGGCAGGGCGGGGAGGGGGCCGCAGGGGAGCAGGCGGGCGCGAGCGAGGAGAGGCGACCGCAGACAUCCGGGCCCUUUAGCCCCGUGCGCCCCCCGAGCCGGCGGCGCGGGCACCGGGCGCGGGGCUCCGGGCUGACAGCCGCGGCGCGGGAGGCGGGGCGCAAGGAGGGCGGAGGCGCAGCACCGGGAGGGAGGAGCUGUCCGCGCGCCCGCCGCCACCGCUCGACUCCACACCCGCCGGCGCAGCCCCGCCACGAGACUCUGACAGCGGCGCGGCCAGCGCUGCUCGCGAGCGCAGGGACGGACAGACAGCCGCCGCGAAGGAGGACGCGAGCACCGCUGCCGGGCGCCAAGUGCGCGAGGCGCGCGGAGACGGAGGCGCGCAGAGAUUUCCUCUGAAGCUGCUGGGAGCUCAGUUUCCCCCAUCCCUGAGGAGGAGGACCGUCAGAAGAGAAGGAAGGGAUGGCGUGGAGCCCACUCAGCGCCUAAGGAGUGGAUCUCCAAGUGGGGAGCUGCACCACUGGGGUGACUCAAGAAGAAUCGAUGCUUUGGCCCCUGGUGACAUGUACACGGUGUAAUGACAGGAAGUGAACAGGUUUGCAGGAAAACUGGUGGCCUGAAAUCGAAGACUAAGGUGUGGGUGCUUAGCUCUGGCUGAGAACAUGGCCAAUGGCAUUGACGAGCUCAUUGGCAUCCCUUUCCCCAACCACAGCAGCGAGGUACUGUGCAGCCUCAACGAGCAGCGGCACGCUGGGCUGCUGUGCGACGUGCUGCUGGUGGUGCAGGAGCAGGAGUACCGCACUCACCGCUCUGUGCUGGCCGCCUGCAGCAAGUACUUCAAGAAACUCUUCACAGCUGGCAGCCUGACCAGCCAGCCCUACGUCUACGAGAUCGAUUUUGUCCAACCCGAGGCCCUGGCCGCCAUCCUGGAGUUCGCCUACACCUCCACACUCACCAUCACCACCUCCAAUGUCAAGCACAUCCUCAAUGCCGCCAGGAUGCUGGAGAUCCAGUGCAUUGUGAACGUGUGUCUGGAGAUCAUGGAGCCAGGUGGCGAUGGCGGCGAGGAGGACGACAAGGAGGAUGACGAUGAUGACGAGGAUGAUGAUGAUGAGGAGGACGAAGAGGAGGAGGAAGAGGAAGAAGAGGAGGAUGACGAUGAUGAUACAGAGGACUUUGCAGACCAAGAAAACUUGCCUGACCCCCAGGACAUCAACUGCCACCAAAGUCCCUCCAAAACAGACCAUCUCACGGAGACAGCCUAUUCGGACACACCCAGGGACUUCCCUGACUCCUUCCCAGCUGGCAGCCCUGGCCAUCUAGGGGUGAUCCGGGACUUCUCCAUUGAAUCUCUGCUGAGGGAGAACCUGUACCCCAAAGCCAACAUCCCUGACAGGAGACCAUCCUUGUCUCCAUUUGCCCCAGACUUCUUCCCACACCUUUGGCCAGGGGACUUUGGUGCCUUUGCCCAGCUGCCCGAGCAGCCCAUGGACAGUGGACCACUGGAUCUAGUCAUCAAGAACCGGAAGAUCAAGGAAGAGGAGAAGGAAGAGCUGCCUCCACCCCUACCACCACCCUUUCCUAGUGAUUUCUUCAAGGACAUGUUCCCUGACCUGCCCGGGGGACCACUGGGCCCCAUCAAGGCGGAGAAUGACUAUGGUGCCUAUCUCAACUUCCUGAGUGCCACCCACCUAGGGAGCCUCUUCCCACCCUGGCCUCUGGUGGAGGAGCGCAAGCUGAAGCCCAAGGCCUCUCAGCAGUGCCCCAUCUGCCACAAGGUCAUCAUGGGGGCCGGGAAGCUGCCUCGGCACAUGAGAACCCACACUGGGGAGAAGCCAUACAUGUGCAACGUCUGUGAAGUCCGCUUCACCAGGCAGGACAAGCUGAAGAUCCACAUGCGGAAGCACACAGGGGAGCGGCCCUACCUGUGCAUUCACUGCAACGCCAAGUUCGUGCACAACUACGACCUCAAGAACCACAUGCGCAUCCACACGGGCGUGCGUCCCUACCAGUGCGAGUUCUGCUACAAGAGCUUCACGCGCUCCGACCACCUGCACCGCCACAUCAAGCGCCAGAGCUGCCGCAUGGCGCGGCCCCGGCGCGGCCGCAAGCCCGCCGCCUGGAGGGCCGCCAGCCUGCUCUUUGGGCCCGGCGGUCCCACGCCAGACAAGGCGGCCUUCGUGAUGCCGCCUGCGCUGGGCGAGGUGGGCGGCCACCUGGGCGGCGCGGCCGUGUGCCUCCCGGGCCCCAGUCCUGCCAAGCACUUCCUGGCGGCACCCAAGGGUGCCCUGAGUCUGCAGGAGCUGGAGCGGCAGUUCGAGGAGACGCAGAUGAAGCUGUUCGGGCACGCGCAGCUCGAAGCCGAGAGGAACGCGGGCGGCCUCCUGGCCUUGGCCUUGGCCGAGAACGUGGCCGCAGCGCGGCCCUACUUCCCGCUGCCCGACCCCUGGGCCGCGGGCCUGACCGGCCUCCCUGGGCUUGCUGGCCUCAAUCACGUGGCCUCCAUGUCUGAAGCCAAUAACUAGGCUGGCCCUGGUAAACUCCAAUCCCCAGCCCUGUCCCUGCUUCCAAUCCCCGGCCUGUCCUGCCCCAGCCACGGGGUCUGAACUUCUUAUUUUGAAACAAAGGGAAAAUGAAAA